AUGCUCACAGCCGUCUGCGGCUCUCUUGCCAACCAGCGCUCGGACACGCCGCGCGCCUCCUCCCCGCGCUUGGACCUGCAGCCCCUGCAGCCCUACCAGCCCCACGCCAGCUCCGAGGCGGGCGGCGACUUCCCCUCCCCUCUCCAGCCCACGGAGGUCCAGAACCUGCCCUUGGUGGGCCCCGGGGUGGAGUUCACGGCCGCCCCCAGCUACGAUCUGCAUGGCUCUUCGAGGCUAGACCUGGAUGGUGACAGCCUGCUGGCCCCCGGCACGUACUCCAAGCUCCUGCAGCCGCCUCCCGAAAUGGCCCACCCCUACGAGCCCUGGUUCAGGCCCUCGCACCCCAGCAACGCCGCCGAGGACGGCGGCGUGAAUCCCUGGUGGGACCUCCAUGCCGGAUCCAGCUGGAUGGAUCUGCCGCCGGGUCAAGGCGGCCUGCAAGCCCCUGGCCCGGCGGGCGGACUCCAGCCGGCGCUGGGGGGUUACGGCUCCGCUGAGCACCAGCUCUGUGGCCCGCCGCAUCACCUCCUGCCCUCGGCCCAGCACCUGAUGGGCCAGGAAGAGCUGAAGCCACUCGCCUCGCCUCCCGAGCAGGCUGUGGACGGUACCGCUAGGCCGAAGAGCUCGAGGCGAUCGGUGCCCCGGAGCGCCGGGCAGGCAGUGUGCCGCUGCCCGAACUGCCAGGAGGCCGAGAGGGUGGGUCCGGGCCCGGACGGGGCCAAGAAGAAGCAUCUGCACAACUGCCACAUCCCCGGCUGCGGCAAGGCCUACGCCAAGACCUCCCACCUGAAAGCCCAUCUGCGGUGGCACAGCGGGGACCGGCCCUUCGUCUGCAACUGGCUCUUCUGUGGCAAGCGCUUCACCCGCUCCGACGAGCUGCAGCGGCACCUCCAGACCCACACGGGGACCAAGAAGUUCACCUGCCCCGUGUGCAGCCGGGUCUUCAUGAGGAGCGACCACCUCAGCAAGCACAUGAAGACGCAUGAGGGGGCCAAAGAGGGAGCGGAGAGGGAGGGCAAGGGCGGGGCAGAUCCUCCGGGGAAAGGCAAGAGGGAGCCCGAGGCUGGCAGCUCCAGCCCCGCGACCCAGCCCAACUGA